GGAUCGCGUUGAGCACUUGUACGAAUGGCGACAGAUUUGUAUGCGUAACUAUGCCGCUUCCAAGCAAACGGUGCGUGCCGCCAUUGACUUUGAGGACGGCACCGUUAACAUGGACAAGAUGACGGUGGCCCAGAAGAACGCAUAUCUGGAGGCGCACAUGGCCGUGCAACAGCAAAUGGCCCAGGCCGCCAUACAAUUCAAGCAGCAGCAACAGAGCUCCGUGCAACAGCAAAGCUCACCCACAGCCAACAACAACAACAGCCAGCAGAACAACGGCAACAUGCAACAACAGCAGCAACAGCAACAACAACAACAACAACAACAGCAACAGCAACAGCAGCAACAACAACAGCAGCAACAACAGCAACAACAACAGCAACACUAUGCGGCCACCAUCAAGGUGCCACAGAUCAGUUCCUCCAGUUCGGCGGGCGGUGCUGGCGGUGCAGCCGGAGACAGCACAUUCACGGUACCCGACGAUGGCAUGGGCUUUGAGGGAGGCGUCCGAGUGCUCCAGAGUCUGGGCACCUGGUCGGCGGGGGAACAACUCACCUAUAACAUACCCAAACCGAAUCUGAUACCAUUCACCGAGCCAUAUGUGGAGGGUGGCUCCAUGCAUCCGGCCAGUCGACUCAAGGCGCUGCAACAGGUGCAACAAGCCUCCUCGGGAGUGCGCAAAACCAAUCCCUCAAAGUCCACCAACAAGGCGUUCGAGUGCACGGUCUGCGGCAAAGGAUUGGCGCGCAAGGAUAAGCUGACCAUACACAUGCGCAUUCACACCGGCGAGAAGCCCUAUAUUUGUGAAGUGUGCAACAAAGCGUUCGCAAGGCGGGAUAAACUGGUCAUACAUAUGAAUAAGUUCAAGCAUGUGACACCCACAAAUAUAGCGCCGCUGGGCAAGCGACUGAAUAACAUGGUGAAGAAGAAGGAACAACCGGAUCCGCCGCCGGAGGAUAACAAGCAGAGUCUCGAGCUGCAGCUGCAACAGCAGGCUGUGCAGGUGGCCGCCCAGAAUAUCAUAGUGCAGUCGGCGCAGGGGGCGCCAACGGCAAUACCGGGCAUCAUAAUACCGCACCAUCAGCAACAGUUGUCGUGGACGUGCGAGCUGUGUGGCCGCAUGUUCUCGAGCCGGGAUGAGUGGUCCAUUCAUGCCAAGAGUCAUCUGGAGGAACGGUUAGUCGUAGAGUCCACAAAACCAGCAGUCGCCAUCGUUAAGAACAACAGUCACAGCAAUAACAACGCCAGCAGCAACAACAAUAACAACGGCAACAACAACACCAACAGCAACAAUAAUCGCGGCUAUCAAAUGGAUGCAAACCAAAAUCAAAUACUCAACAGCAGUCCGCAAAUGGAGGCACAACAACGCAGCCAGAAGAUAAUCAUACAAAAUCAGAUGAUCCUCAACGCCAACCAUCAGCAGCAGCAGCAGCAACAUGUUGCUGGCGGCAAGAAAGCGGCCAGAAAGCACCACCAACCACAACAGCAGCAACAGCAACAGCAACAGCAGCAACAGCAACAACAACAGCAACAGACCAGCGCGCCUAUGUACAAUAAUAAUAAUAACAACGGCACUCUUCAGGGACACGAAGUGUCUGUGCCCGUCUCGCACCUCAUUGCCAACUCACCGACAGCAGCCAGCUACAUGCAGGCGCAGCUAACUGGCCUGCAACACGCCAGCAACACAACAGCAACAACCGUAAAUGUUGGUGUCAGCGAUGCCGGCAACAUGAAUAUGCCGAUCGUCACCUAUAAUGGCAAUCAGUAUUGUGUCAUUACACGUGCCCCCGAUGCUAACGAUGCCAUUGCCAUGCAGCAGAAGCAGCCGCUGCCGCUGGACUAUGGCCAGGCAAACGCUGCAGCCGCUGCCACCACCACCAACAUUAUCGUUAUGUCGCCCAUGCUGCCCCCGCAACAACAGCAACAACAGCAGCAGCAGCAACAAUAGUAAACAGCAACAGCAACAUCAUGAUUUGCAAAUUAUGUUCAAAGUACUGACAAAAUGAGGCGGAAAAUUGCAGUUAGAAAUCUCCCCUGGCGGGAAAUGCUUUACUGCCAAUAUCCUCAACGACAGUUAAUGGCGAUGGCGUUGGCAGAGAAAGGCAUUUGGCUGCUGAUGGCUGCAGUGAAGUGGAGUAAAGUGAAGUGGAGUAAAAAGUGUGUUCGCUGCCCCCAGGAUCCUCAGACAUCCGUCUUCAAGAGCUGGCAAUCAGCCGCCGCUUGCAAAGCAGCUAUAAAUACAAAUUGUAAAUAAAGUUUUUAAAAAACUACAAACAAAAAAACCAAAAAAAAAAAAAUGAAUCAGUAUGAAAAACCAAAAAAGUACGAAAACUCUUAAGUCUAUGUUUAGGUGUAAGAGAAUUCAAUAAAUACGAAAUGCCAGCCGAUGUUAGCAAAGAUGAAAAAGAUGAAAAUGAGAUCUUUACGAAUAGUUGACGCAUGUAAUGCUUCAAUUCGAUUCAAACUCAAACUAUUUGCAAUACAUGAAAUGAAAAUGAAACCGCAUUAACUAAUUAGUCUAAGUAAUUUUACAUAUCCAUUAACAAAUUGAUGAUGACGCUGAGAACGUUUUCAAUUUAAUGUCUCCAUUUCAAAAUGAAAAACAAAAAACAGCCAUAAAACUGAGAUAUAAUUUCCCAAAGAAACAAAAUUCGUUUUCUCAUCUUAAGUUGAAAUGGAAAUAAGUAAAUACGCAAAGCAAAAGAAAAAGAAAAGUAAAAACCAAAAUAAUAUGUAUGUGCAUGCAACAAAAUGAAUGUGUUUGUGUUUAUAUAUUUGUAUUUGUAUAGUACGCGUUUAAAUCAAUUGUUUAUAAUUAAUUACGCUAAACCGAUAAACAAUAUUUAUGUCUUACAAGUGAAACCGAAAAUUCAAGUACUUACUUCAAUUUAUGUAAGUAGUUCAGUAGUGUGUCCAUCAAUGAUACUCACACCCAAAAAAAAAAACAAAA